AUGCCCAAAAAAUCACUGCCCAAUUCAUUAGAUCAGCUGAUCGGUAAUGAUAACUUGACCGAUCAAACUAAGAGAAAUGUUAAGGCUUUACUUAUAACUGCACCUGUACCAGCAAAUCUUAAACUAGAUCGUCUGUCCUUAGCCCAAUCGUAUCUAACCCUUAGCAUGUGGGGUAAAAUCCAAGAUGAAAUCAAGUCAGAAACGACAAAGCGAGAUAGAGAUGCCAUCCAAAUCGCUAAAAUUGAUGCUGAAAUGGCCCGUCUGGAAGGAGAAAAGGCUGCAGCUGAUCAAGAGUUGAAUAAUCUCAAUCAACCUCCAGCAGAUCCAGCAGACCAAAUAGAUCCAGCAGACCAAGCAGCUCAAAUAGAUCCAGCAGAUCCAGCAGACCAAAUAGAUCCAGCAGACCAAAUAGAUCCAGCAGACCAAGCAGCUCAAGCAGCUCAAAUAGAUCCAGCAGAUCCAGCAGCUCAAGCAGCAGAAACCCAGCGUCUUCAAUCUAUAAUUACUGAUCGUGAAAGGAGCAUAGCCGACCUUGCAACAAAGAAAGACGAACUAGAGGUUAGUAGGAAUCAACAUGAAGGUAAUAUUCAGGCCGCAGAAGACAAACGUACAACGAUCAAGUCUAUGCUUUAUCCGUUCUAUGGCAAGAUGCCGGAUGGGAUUAAUCUAAAUCUAGAACAAGAGCUUAAGAGACUAGAAGGCUUGCAUCGUGCUCAGCUUGAUCAUACUGUUUGGCGUGGUAAGAGUAAGGAUCAACAAAAGACCGACGAACAGGUUAAACAGCAACUAAUUACUGAUAUUCAACAGGCCUUGAAGGUCUAUGGUGGAUAUCAUUAUGAGGUAUGGAAGAAUGCAAAUGAUGCGCUAGAGCAGGAGAUCAUUGGGGACGAUUCAGCUAACCCAAAAAUCCCAGAACUAGCUGAUCAACUGGAUGUUAUCAACCGAGCCCGUAUUAUGCCCAUAGUAAAUGAGCACAUACUAUACCUCAUGCACUUACUUAAGGAAGAAGGUCGGCGCAUUCAAAAGCAAAUUGAUAACAGAGAGAAGUCCUUCCAGAUAAACGCAGAGCUUUAUGAACAGGACGAUUUAUUCAAUGAUUUACACUAUGAUACUUGUGAUGAAUAUCUUGACGUUGGUUAUAAAGUUUGGAAAGCUGAGGAGAAUAUGAUAGUGCCUAAAUACUAUUAUAAUAUUGUGACCUCACAACAGGCUAAUGGUUAUAUUCAGAAACUUAAAGUCCAUUUCAAUCACUUAAAAGACUUCUUGGUUGAUGUGAAUGCUGAUCUGAAUAUAGAAAUGGUUAAGGGACGGUUUAAUAAUGGGAUGGAUCAAGCUGUAACUCAGAAUGGCCUUCCUCCAGUUGUCAUUACUCCAAUCAGGAAUAGUUGGUUUAGUAUCAUUAAUGAUGUGUACUGUCACAAAAGCCAUGAUGCUUGGAGUGAGGAUCAGCUCAAAGAUUUGGGGUUAAAUGAACUCCCCUAUACUGGUACGCCGACCCAAACUCCUCAACAACAAUAUCGUGGCCUGAGACCCAAUAAGAACGCCCAAUUGGAUGGUGUUGCCUAUCUCCUUUCCUCUAAAUCCAGCAAGAGGCAGUACAUAAACGAAGAAGGCCGGACCAAGUACUACAGGCAUCAGCUUUCUGAGAUAGCGCAGCCGCGCGAUCUAGAAAGCAAAGAAGUUAGUCAGGCAAAGGCAAAACUUAGUCAGAAGGCAACUUGUCUACGGGCUGCUAUGCUUUUGAUCUUAUCAGUGUUUUUCUUUACUCUUGUGUGGAUUGGCGCUUUCGAGCUCACAGUCGGUGGUGGACGCUUGCAGUUUAUUACGAAUAUGGAUAUUCUUACACGCGUUAUAACGAUUGGUUCGCUUUUGCUUGGCGCGGGUGGCUGUGCUGGGAUAUAUCAGGCGAUCAAAAAGACAAUUCCAGUAGUGAAACUUUGGAACAUCAAACCAGCUCUGCUUUUCGUAGUUCCUUUCGUCGCCGGUGCUCUUCUUGCGCUCAUAUGCACUAUUACUUUGACUCCUGGCUCUUUCCGGGUUAUAGUUAUUGCUCUUGCUGUAAUUACUUGGAUAAUUGAGUGCUUCUACUGGAAAAUCAAUUGUAACUCGCGUUAUAAAGGCGUUAUUGCUAGCCGUUUAAUUAGAUUCCUUAUUGCGACCGCUAUAAUUGCUUUCGGUUUCUUCUUCUUUAUUACAUGGCUCAAUAUUCCGGCCAUCGUGCAGGCUGCUGCUGAUAUUAAGGAUAAGGUUCCAGCGGGUAGUUGA